AUGGCUCUGAUCGCGUUGUUGGCCACUCCACGGGAGCUCGAUUCAGAGUAUGACGACGCGUCGCGAAACAACGACGAAGUGAAUGGAUCGCUUUCACAUGAAGGAUCAAAAGAAAAGCUAGACAACAAUGGCCGAAUCCACUCGAUUGAUGACAUGAUGAAGUUGGAGGAAAACGGGGGAGCUAGUUCCGAGACGGAGAGUGAAACAAGUGAUGUGGCUACGUUUUCUGAUGGCGGAACAGGCUUAUGGACUCAAUUUGGACAAAUGUUCUGGACGCAGCCGUCUAGAAGAAAGUCGUCGUUUGUUACAGGUCUCGAUUCAUGGGUACCAGAAGAUUGUGAGAAAGUUCUCGCGUUUCCCUGCAAUACCAUCAACAAAUACACGAAAGUUUACCCAAUUUACUCCAACUCAACAAAAGACAGCUCAUUCAGCGUUUUGGUGGACGCUACACCGCUCGCGAAGUCCAAACAAAAAGCGGCAGUCAAUCACUUGGUUUUAACAAUUCAUCCAAAUGCUGGCCCAAACAAGAACCGCGAAUUCAGCCUCAGUCUCUACAGAAGUCGAAAGGUAACUGAUGUGGUUGCGUUGUGUGAAAGAUGUCGAGAGUGUCGCAAGCUGUUCCGCUAUUUCCCGAGAGGAAAAGAAAAUACGAUAGAAUCUUUAUCUCAACUUUGUUGCCCUGAAGGACUUACGCCGUUGAUGAUUGCUAUUCAACAAAAUGACGAGGAAAUGGUUACGUUACUGGUCUCACUUGGUGUCGAUUUGAUGCAAACGACUGUUGAGGCGAAUAAUGUUCUUCAUUUGGCUGCUUGUACGACACCAUCAAUUCUAAAUAUUUUAUGGAACGCACUUGAACCCGAGCAAAAAAGAAUUCUUCUGAAUCAUCUCAAUCACGAUGGGGCAAGUCCACAAUAUGUGGCCUUUUCUUCGAUGAACGCUCGAUGUUUGAGUAGUUUAGUGAGCUAUUCGAAGCAAAUCGAUCCACACGCUGAGCCAGAAAAUCCGCUCAUCUCCGCGAUGAAAUCUUCGAAAACAACUAUUGUGCAGCUUGAAGCGAUUCUCAAGCAAAAUCCGGAUGCGUUGGAAAAGAAAGAUGCGCUCACGGGUAACUCGGUUCUGCACGCUGUUGCGCAUAAAAGACCGCUGAGUGCUCUGAUUGAAGUGAUGGGCAGCAAGUUGGACGUAAAUGUUCGAAAUAACCAACAACAAACACCACUUCAUGUUUAUGUGCACAAGAAUCAUCUCUCACUCGUCUUCACCAUUCUUGGAGCAGAAGUUGAUAUCAAUGCGCCGGAUGAAGAUGGAAAUACACCAAUGCACGUUGCCGUUUCGAACUUGAAUUUGCAAAUCGUGAGAACGCUACUUUGUUUUGGAGCCAAUCCAAACAUGAAAAAUCGCUACGACGAAACACCACGACAUUUGGCAGCGAAAAAUAAAGACGAACCCGGUGCCAUUGAUAUUCUCCGCUCAUUGAUUAUGUUUGGAGCAAAAAGCUGCCCAAUUGACAAAUUGGGAUGCACCGUUGCCUGUGUUCACAAGAUCAACUAUAUCUCCGAGAAAAUGAGCCCUACAGGCAGCAAUGCAGCACUACAAGACAGUUCCGCCGAAGUCGAGAAAGAUGUUGAGAAUGCCAAAGUGCGAGCUGAUGCUGCAACGGGAGCCUACGAAUUUGAAAUUGAUCCAGACACGCAUGACAUCAAUUACGCCUAUGUUGAACCGAAUCCGGCUAGAAAGUUUCCACAAGAGGAAGCAAUGCGCCAUGUUAAGCAAAUGUUAGAGAAAAUAGUGAAAGAGAAGGAAAAAUCGAACAUUAUAUCAAUUUUGUCAUGUGAUGGAGGUGGAAUGAAAGGAAUUGUUAUGGUUCAGAUAUUGAUAAUUCUUCAACGAUAUCUUGACUCUCCGGUUCAAACUUACUUUGAUUGGAUGGCUGCGACGAGUACGGGAACAUAUGUUGCUGGAGCUCUAGCAAAAGGCCUCUCACUACCUCACAUGCAACGAUACUAUCUGCGAACAAAAGACAUCCUCUUCACCACAUGGACACGCCCGUACAAUACUCUUCGUUUUGAGCAAUUGUGCAAAGAAGCGCUUGGUGACGAUCGAAUGUUGGACAUUUCCUAUCCAAAAUUGAUUUUCACGACGACACGAGCUGAUACAUUCCCCUGCCAACUCACUUUACAAAGAAACUACCAAUUACCAAUGACGAUGAAGGAGAAUUUAGACUUGGGAUUCGAUGACCCGGCUGAAAUUCCACUUUGGUUAGCUGCUCGAAGAUCGGCAGCCGCCCCAACUUAUUUCGCGGCUUCUGAGGGAAAAUUCAUUGAUGGUGGAAUGGUAGCUAACAAUCCGAGCCUCGAUUUGCUGUCAGAAGUGAUGUUUUGGAAUACGAGUUGUCAAAUGAAAUCAGAGUCAUCUAAAACGGAAAAAGAGAAACGAGAUGAUCCAAAAGAUGUAACAAUUGGCUGUUUGUUGUCACUUGGAACGGGAAUAACACCGGUAUCUCCUGUCGACCCGUCCCUUUUUGAGAUGAGUGAUACGUUGGGAAUGUUACGAGGCAUCAAGAAUUUGACGCUAAUGGUUUUGGAUCAGGCCACCGCCACUGAGGGAGCCCCGAUUUCUCGGUGUAGAUCGUGGUGUCAUUCACUCCGAAUCCCAUACUUUCGACUCAAUGCACCACUAUUCAAAGAUGUUAUGUUGGAUGCUUCUGACGAUGUCGAGAUUGCACAAGUUUUGUGGGACUGCGAAGUUUAUGGAUACACGCAUCGGAAAGAUUUUGUCGAGUUGGCCGAACUGUUGAAGGCGAUUGGAACGAAUAAACACCGAAAGACGAGACUUGGAACGGGCCUUUCAACCGAUUAUGACGAGAUACGAUUGUCUAGGAAAGCAUCAAAAGAAUCGGUUAAAGAA